AUGGGAACCUCACCGAACGCAACCACCCAAUGCACUUCAGAACAAUUCGUCGAAAGCUGCGGCGCAAUUGUCUUCGACCUCACCAACCUCUCAAAGAAAACCGUCUGCCUCAUCCACUACCGGGCAAAGAACGAAUGGAUGAUCGCAAAAGGCCGCCGCAACUGCGGAGAGUCACGUCAUGAAGCCGCCCUGCGCGAAGCAAGAGAAGAAACAGGGUACAAAGCUCAUCUGCACCCCGUCACGAUGAAUACACGUGCCCCUCCCGUUGAUGAACAGGGCCACAUGCCCGACACGCCUCGCUCGUACGCUGAUCUGACGGAGCCGUUUAUGGUUAUUAUGCGGCAGCUGGGCAGGGAGAAGGGGAAUGAUGUGAAGAUUAUCUGGUGGUAUAUUGCUGCAUUGGACGAGGGGGUUGUUGUUGGGUCUGAGGAGGGGGAGGAGGAGUUUACGCCCACGUUCUUUCCGUUGGAGGAAGCGGUGCAGAAAUUGAGCUUUCAGAAUGACCGGAAUGUGCUUGAGAAGGCUAUUUCAUUGGUGGCUUAG